UGGUUGUUUGCUGUGGAUUUUAGGCAGCUGGACUAAUCCAGUGUAACCUACACUGUAUUGCGUGUCGUUUGCACUGCCAGCAUUUCACCCGCAAAUGUUUCCUGUUUACCGCAUGCAAUUGCCUGUACUUGUAAUUCCUUAUUUUAGAUCUGGGGUUUUUGAACAGGAUUAUCCUCACCUCUCUUAUGUUGUUGGUGGCCGUUCCGUUAAUCCUUCGCAAGCAGUUUGCAAAUUUCAGUCUAAAGUCCAUUAUGAUCUUACGCAGCGAAAUUUCCCACCGAUUUAACAGGAUUUAAACGCUCUCCGUAGGGAGUAGAGUGCAUAGGUUGAAGUUGGAAUAGGAAAGUGCUGGCUCCACUCUUUUAUCCGCAGUGCUUCUGGCCUCAGUAAACAACAUCGAAGGUUACUCUGGGUCGCGGCUGCAUAGGAAUCGACGAAGAACAGCUGAUUCGCCAUUUCGCCCAACAAAGAAAGCGCGUACUAGCCUCUGUGACGUCAUAAAGUAUCGAGCAAUCGACGGAGACGAACAACAAUGAUUAAGUUGCAGGUUUUAAAGUUUAUGGGAAUUCUGACAAUCAUGAAAUUAGGAGUAUUCGCCGUUUCAGCUUUGUCUCUACUCAUAGCGUUAACAUGGGUGCUUGUGUAUUGUCCCGUUGGUAUUAUGAAAGCUAAUACAGUAAUUCAUCGUGCAAACGUACACAGCGCAGGUGACCGAAUGAAACUUGAAGAUUACUUUGAUCACUACGAGGAUGAAUUAAACCAAGAUUUAAAGAAGUUCAAGGCCGAUGGGAAGCCGGUGGAGUACAUGGAAAAGGGAAAUAAGAAACAUAAUAAUGCAGAGGUUGUGAUUCCAAGAAAGUUAUGGAAUGAUGACGUAUUCGACAGCAUGAUACACCAGCUGGACCACAAAGAACUGGACGGUUAUGAAUUCUUAGCUGAGUCCAUGAACGUAACCAUAUACCGAACUCCAAAAGGGAAUGCCGGCUUAUACGAUUACAAGCUUUAUGCCACCCUGCCCGAUGCAUCGCCAGAAGAAAUAGCUUCAGUAUUUUUAGAUAAUAAAUACAGAGUUGUGUGGGACGAGUACGUUACCGAGCUAUAUGUUGUGCAAAAGAACGAGAAAGGUCCCGACGUCAUAUACUUCAACGUUGAUUUCCCUUGGCCACUGUCAAACAGAUAUGUAUACGGCCGUGAGACGCGCCGUAUGACGAAAAACGGCGAAGAGUUCGUCGUUAUUGUCAUGCAUAGUGUUUUGAAACACAAUGUCCCAGAAGUGAGCGGUGCUAUAAGGGUGGACGACUACCACCAGUCUCUAGCUUUGGGGAAAUGGGGCGACCAUGGGACAAGAGCAUUCAUCCAGUACUACGACAACCCUAAAGGAUCCGUCCCGUCAUGGCUAGUGAACUGGGCAGCCAAGACCGGUGUGCCUGCGUUUAUGAAAGACCUGCAGCGUGCGUGUAAAGGAUUGCCCAAGUUUCUGGCCGAACAAAAGAGAAAGUCUCAAGUCGUCUGAAGCAUAAAGCCCCAUCAAGCCAUCUGAAGCAUCUGAGAGCGUUAAAUAUACAAUCAGUGUUUCAAACCAUGUAUGUUCGUAACGUAAUGAAAGCAAAACGGCAAAUUAAGUUGAUAUGACGUAAAUAACCGAAGUGUUGACUGUAUAUACUGUGAUGUGAAACCUAUUUACCCUGUUGUACUUACUGUACCGCACGGUACCGAUGCCUGCAUACUAUUACACGUCUUCGGUAAGCAUUCCACAAUUUAAAGUACAGAACAUGUUUCAUACGCAGCGAAUUUUACAUAUAGCGUCGACUGGCAAAGGUCUCUUAACCAGGUCUGCACGUAAAGUCGCGGUUAAAGCGAAAUACCAAUAGUGCCUUUGAUGUUUGUGUUGAAACCCCUUAGCUUCAAUGUAAAUUGAGUCUUAUCUCUUGUUUCGUGUUGUUUUGAUUGCUUUUUGCGAACUAACCGUGCAUAUACCUCAUCUUUACGCGUUUUUAUUUGUAAAUGUACGAGGUGGGGAUCAAUGUACGCUUUUGAAUGCUGUCGAUUUUUUUUUUAUAAGUCUCUGUCUAAAAAUGAAAAUACGUACGUUCAAUAUAUAUAAUAAUUGUUGCCUGUUUUGUCAAUUAUCGUUUUUUUAUCAGUAACAUCAUUUGCUAACUGUUACAGUAAUAAUUUGGGUUGAAUUGAUUGCAAUUCUUACCGGAGAGUAAUGUUUUGUUCUAAUUCGUCGAACUUAUAUUUUUACUUCGAUCAUUUCAAAUUAACGCCGUACAAUGCAUAAGAUUGAUUUUUUUGCUUUUUAAAGUACUGAACAAGUUAGUUCAGAGCAUCAGAUCGAAAAUCAUGCUGUUGAACUGAUAUUAUAAGCAAAUCAAUGCAAUUGCUGAUCAUUAAUUUUUACCGUACAUUUGUGCUAUGCAUAAACAGCAAAAAUAAAGUCUUUUUCCAAUUUUA